AUGCAGGCAGCGAACCGAGCCCUUGGAUCGUAUGGAUACUCCGUGCGCAGUUACGCGCCGGCCUCGCUUCACCAGCCGCUCCCGGGGAACCAGUGCACCGGCAAACCUGUCAGCGGAAAGUCUUUCACUAUUGACGCUUUGCUGGCCAAGGAGGACACCAGCGCGGACCGGGCCAGCCCCACCGAAGUCAAGUACCACCACCAUCCUGCGGCCCAGAUGCUGCCGCUCAGCGGCCACAUGGGUGUUCCGAUUUCGCCGAGCUCGUACGUGUACUCGCCUCUGCACUCGGCGGUGCACGCGCAGCCUGGAUACUCCGUGUACUGUUGCCCGCCGUACAGCUACCAGACGACGUGCCGCGGCUUUUACGCACAAGCUCCGAUGUCCAAAAUGAACACAGGACUGCACUCUUUCAAAAGCAAAGGUGGAAAGUCGAAGCGCAUGCGCACCAGCUUCACCAGCGAGCAGCUGUCCAGGCUGGAGAAGGAGUUCGCCCGCCAGCAGUACAUGGUCGGCUCCGAGAGGUUCCUGCUGGCUUCAGCUCUGCAGCUGACAGAAGCUCAGGUCAAAGUCUGGUUCCAGAACAGACGCAUCAAGUGGCGCAAGCAGAGUCUGGAGCAGCAGCAGGCCAAGCUGGCCAAACUGGGUCUGGCUGCGCCCCCGAAAAGCCCCGGGUCUCAGGGCAACGAGGGGGAAGAAGACGAGGAGUUCUCGGACUCCUCAGACGUGGACAUUGAUGUGUCAGAUGACUUCUCUGACCACUGCUGA